UUUGUGCGCUCCUCUCGAGCGGGACGGCGGGGACGAGGAACGCAACCCAAGUUCAACGACGAGCGGCAGACGAGACCUAGAACACCUCAGCAUGGCAAGAAAGGCGUAAGAGAGCGAGUGAUUAGCAGCGCAAGUAAUCGAUUGACCGCAUUGAGAGAGGAUGACAACAGCUCACAGGCCAGCCUCAAGCAGUCCCCUAGGUAAUCUGCCGGCAGCUGGAGGAAGCUGGACCAGUCUAGCAUCGUUGGCCGGUCGAGCGCUGCCUCAUCGAAGAGGGCUACCCUGUACUCGAAUCUCGCAAGAAAUGCGAGUUACCGUAGCUUCACGAUUGAAGCGCAGACUCGUCGAUAGCGUCUGGCGCAACACAGCCAUCUGCUGGCGUUUGGUCUUGGUCAGUGCCCAGUAAUCACGGUUUCAAUUGGACGAAGUGCAGCAGACCACGCUCCUGGCUGGAGUUUAGUGACGAGGC